CUUCACUUCCGCUUCCUGGCCCGUUGGCCCCGCCCCGCCCCCCGCUGGGUCCUAGCGCCGGCCCUUCACGGGCGGACUCCGGGCUUCUGUCGGUGUGAGGAGCUAAUCCCGACGCCGCGGAGUCGGCCCCACUCGAGUCAGCUCCCUAGAUGAUUAUUCUGGUACAAGAGACCUGCAGACUUCACUUGGAAAAAUGUCAUCCUAGGAAGAGUCCUCAGCAAAAUGAGAAAACUGAGGUCCUAAGACAUGCAAUAAAUUGCACAAGGUUACAACUGGAAAGUGAUGGAGGCAAGAUUUGAACCUGGGUGUUCUGGCUUCAAAGGCUGUGCGCUUAACCACAGUCCUGUACUGUUGGUCUGGACCUCAGUUCUAUCUAUGAAAAGAACUUUUCUCAUGAUGCUGACAUGAAGGAGAAGCCCCACCCACUACGCCCAUGGAGGUGGAGGCCACGUCCCCAGCCCCUGGGUACCAGCGCUGUGGCCGCCGCUAUAAGUGCCUGGCCUGCACCAAGACCUUUCCCAACGCGCCCAGGGCCGCGCGCCACGCUGCCACGCAUGUGCCUGUGCACCGCGCAGAGGAGGUGGCAGAGGUGCAGCCAAAGCAGGACACUGACGCCAAGGGGGAAGAGGCCAGUGGCGACAAAGGCUCGGGCUCAGGGGCGAAGCCCCGGCCCUACGCGUGCCCGCUGUGCCCCAAGGCCUACAAGACGGCGCCUGAGCUCCGCAGCCACGGGCGCAGCCACACGGGCGAGAAGCCCUUCCCGUGUCCCGAGUGUGGUCGCCGCUUCAUGCAGCCCGUGUGCCUGCGCGUGCACCUGGCGUCGCACGCGGGCGAGCUGCCUUUCCGGUGCGCGCACUGCCCCAAGGCCUACGGCGCGCUCUCCAAGCUCAAGAUCCACCAGCGAGGCCACACCGGGGAGCGGCCCUACGCCUGCACUGACUGCGGCAAGAGCUUCGCAGAUCCCUCGGUGUUUCGCAAGCACCGGCGCACGCACGCGGGGCUGCGGCCCUACGGCUGCGAGCGCUGCGGCAAGGCGUAUGCGGAGCUCAAGGACCUGCGGAACCACGAGCGGUCCCACACUGGGGAGCGCCCCUUCCUCUGCUCCGAGUGCGGGAAGAGCUUCUCCCGCUCCUCGUCCCUCACCUGCCACCAGCGCAUCCACGCCGCGCAGAAGCCCUACCGCUGCCCCGCCUGCGGCAAGGGCUUCACGCAGCUCAGCUCCUACCAGAGCCACGAGCGCACGCACUCCGGGGAGAAGCCCUUCCUGUGCCCGCGCUGCGGCCGCAUGUUCUCCGACCCGUCCAGCUUCCGGCGCCACCAACGCGCACACGAGGGCGUGAAGCCGUACCGCUGCGACAAGUGCGGCAAAGACUUCCGGCAGCCGGCCGACCUGGCCAUGCACCGACGCGUGCACACGGGCGAUCGGCCCUUCAAGUGCCUGCAGUGCGACAAGACCUUCGUGGCGUCCUGGGACCUCAAGCGGCAUGCUCUGGUGCACUCGGGCCAGCGGCCUUUCCGCUGCGAGGAGUGCGGGCGUGCCUUCGCCGAGCGGGCCAGCCUGACCAAGCACAGCCGCGUGCACUCGGGCGAGCGCCCCUUCCACUGUGGCGCCUGCGGAAAGUCCUUCGUGGUGUCCUCCAGCCUCCGGAAGCACGAGCGGACCCACCGCAGCAGUGAGGCCGCCCCGCCAGAGCUGGUGGUCGGGUUGGCACUGCCGGUUGGUGUGACAGGCGAGAGCCCCGCCACCCCCGGCGCAGCCACGGGCCUCGGGGACCCUCCGGCGGGGCUGCUAGGGCUGCCCCCUGAGUCCAGCACUGUAAUGGCCACGCAGUGGCAAGUGGUGGGCAUGACGGUGGAGCACGUGGAGUGCCAGGGUCCAGGCGUUGGGGAGGCUCCGGGCCCCGUAGGAUUGGCAGGGGUUGAGGAGGCCGAUAAGAAGCCCCCACAGUUUACUUGUCGCGAGUGCAAAGAGACCUUCCCCACGCUGACCUUACUGCGGCGGCAUGAGCGGUCACACCCUGAGCUGCGGCCCUUCCCCUGUUCCCAGUGUGGCAAGAGUUUCUCAGAUAGGGCGGGGCUGCGCAAGCACAGCCGCACUCACAGCUCGGUGCGCCCCCACGCCUGCUCCCACUGCCCCAAGGCUUUCUUAAGUGCCAGUGACCUGCGCAAGCAUGAACGCACUCACCCUGUGUCGGUGGGGACCCCCAUACCGCUGGAGCCGCUCGUGGCUUUGCUAGGAAUGCCUGAAGAGGGGCCGUCCUGAGGCCCGGUCCCCUUCACCACAGUCCCUGUUGGAGGGCCCUGCCCCCACAGGGACCGCUUGAACUGCUUUGUGCUCCUCCAGCUCUUUAGACUCCAGGUUCCUGGCCCUUGGGCAACUAGUUCACCUGCCACAAAAUGGAGAGCUGGGGACAGUAGAGGCAGGCAGCGGCUGAGAGGGUUCUUUGUGGACACUUACUGAAGCAUCCGCUUUGACCUUGGGCUACCUUCUGUGUCUGGCUGAGGGUGAGUAGAUGGACCCGGACAAGAGAAGAGGUUCUGUGGAGACCCCCAGACUGACGGGUCGUUAGAUGUAUUGUUUCCCAAGGUGUUUUGGGAUCUCUUGUGACAAAGGACUUCAAGGCCAAGUAAGUAGAAAGUUCCCCAUCCUCUUCUUGGAAAAUUUUAGUAAAGGCAUCAAACCAGGUAUGAUGCACACACCUGUAAUCCCAGCUACCUGGGAGGUUGAGGCAGGAAGACCACAAGUUUGAGGCCAGACUGGGCAAUUUAGCAAGAUCCUGUCUCACAAUUUUUUUUAAAAGGGCUAAGGAUGUAACUUGGUGCCCUCUGGGUUUGAUCCUCAGUUCCAGAAAAAGCUGGAUGUGGUGGUGCAUGCCAAUAGUCCCGGCACUCGAGGCUGAGGCAGGAGGAUUGCUGUGAGUUCAAUCCUGGGCUGCAUAGUGAGCUCAAGGCCACCUGAAUUACAUAAUGAGACCCUGUCAUCAAAAAAAAGUCCUGCAAUGAACAAAUCUGUGUAGCUUUGUUUAGCCCAUACUUGUAUGACCAUAGAAACCUCUUACUGAGUAGUUUUUUGCUUUGUUUUUGUUUUGAGAGAGGGUCUUGCUACAGUUCAGGCUGGCCUCAAACUCACAGCGAUUCUCCUGCCUCAGCCCUGAGUAGUUUAUAGAUAACCUGAGGCCAAAAUUUCCUCCUGUCCAUUAUAGUAAUAAAUUAGAAAAUAUGCUUGGAUGAAAGGGUUCCUAUAACAACAACAGAAAGAUGUAAACUAAAAAAUACAACUCACAAGAAAUGUGCAAAAUCUCUAUAAAGAAAAUGAUGGAUCUGGCCUAAAGUAUAAAACCUAAGUACUUGAGGGCUGGGGAUUUGUCUCAGUGGCACCGUCCCUGCCUCCCAAGUGCAAGGUCCUGAGUUUGAUCCCUGGUACUGCAAAAAAAACCCUAAGUACUUGGGAACAUGGAAAGUUGUUUCUAAAAGAUGUUGAUAUUCCUACCCCAGUUUAGUCUUUGAAUUUGUUAGCAUUCUAAAAUCUUUUUUUAAACAAAAAUCAAAAGCAGUACCUUUUUGUGUGUGUGUUGGGGAAUGAACCCAGAGCCUUGUGCAUGCUAAGGGACAAGCCCUACUGCUAAUCUAAACUCCCUACCCGACAAUACAAUUUCCAAAAACAGUAGAGGCAGUGUAUUUGACAUACUGGAUAAUCAAACAUCAAAGCACUGAAAUAAAAAUAGUAUAUCAUUAGCAUAAAAUAAAUUAAUCAAAGGAGGGGGGAUUCAGAAACAGCCUGAAUGUUUCUAUGAAUUUAUAAUAAAUGAUUGUUCAAAUAAAUGGGAAAAGGACAAUAUUAAGUACCUUUCCUUGAAAGUUAGUGUGAGGCUCCGAGUUCAGUCCCUAGCACCAUUUAAAAAAAAAAAUUUCAAAAAGUAUGUCAAAUGGAAAAAACAAGGUGCAGCUAAGAUUUGGGAGGGGAAAAAGAACAAGGUAUAAAGUUAUGUAGUUAGUAUGCUCCUCUCUGGGCCAAAUUACAUGUAAGUGCUCCAAUUCUCAGAGUAUUUCUAGGAUACUCAAGAACUGAUUCUAGGUUAUAAAUUCUAGCCACUAGGGCCUUCUCCAUUACCAAGACAGCCGAAGGUCAGCAUGAAGGCGAACAUACUUCCUGUGCUCCUAUCUCAAUAUUUGGGUUCCACCGUGUCGCAGUGUUGGGGAGUAACAUCUCCAGGCGUGGGUGCCAGGCAGGACAUUGUAGCAGUUGACUGUGGCUCAGAACAGGUACACAGGUGGCAAGGACAAGGAGCAGAAUAGCCAGUGCCCCUCUGAUGGCCAGGGCCCCCCGUUUCAGGCCCAGACCCUCAGACACCAGGUUUCAAAGGGCCUUCAAGUGUGGGGCAGAGCUCAAGGAUAGAGUGCUGGCCUAGCAUGCUCAGGGCCUUAGGUUGAUCCUCAGCACUGCAAAACAAAUAAUAACAUUUGUAAAUUGAUAAAGAGGUGCUGUAUAUAUGCUGGUCCACAGGUAGCCUUGGGUGCCCAUCAGCAGUGAGGGAUGAAAUGAGUUCCAUGAAUGUUCUUGAUCACUAGCCCUUUCUCAGCCAGAAAUCCCUCCCUGGGCCUCUGCCCUUCUGACACUCCAGGUGUUUGAUCCCUUGGCCUGAGUCCCCUGAGGGCACACACAUGUGACUUAAAAUGUCGUUCACAUACCAUAAAAUUAACCUGCUUGAAGUGUACAACUCUUGUCUUCAGUUUAUUCACAGGGUUUUGCAGCCAUCACAGUAUAAUUCUAGAGUAUUUUUAUACCCCUAAAAAAGAACAUCUGCAGACCAGUUGUCACACUCCUCCCUCACUACCAGAAGCCCUCAUCCCUAAUGAAUCCCUGAUCCAGUUUGUCUAUGGAUUUGUCUAUUCCAGACAUUUCAAGUAAAUGGAAUCAUACAAUA